AUGGAUCGAGUACCGAAUGGACGGCAUAAGGUUUCUGCCAAUAGACCUGUAGUUGUGCUUUCAGAUACUGAUUCUGACUCUGACUCUGAAGGUUUUGUAGAAGAGCUGACUCCUGUUCACUCGAAGUCAAACGGGAAGGCUUCAUCUGCGAGCCUAAAAACUGGUGGAAAGGCUUCAUCCUUUUCUAAAGGAGAGGCAAGCAAUGGAAAAGCAUAUAGUAGUGUCAAAGGUGGAAAGGGUUCUUCAUCACAUGCGGUGCCUACCAGGUCUGAUGCAGAACUAAAGCUAGAGCUUGAUAUCCCUCCGAAUUCUAGAAUGCUAAUGAAUUGUGAAGCAGCUGAACUAUUGCAAGAAAUUCACGAGCACAUGGCUAUACUAUCAGAGGACCCCAAGAUCAAAAUUCCUGAGUCUUUUGACAAAGCUUUUCAGUAUGCAAAAGAUGGAAACCAUUUCACCACUGCAAGCUCUGUGAAACAAGCCCUUGAACCUCUUAAAAAAUGUGGGGUUAGUGAUGGCGAGAUAUGCAUGAUAGCAAACGUUGGGCCUGAGACCGUUGAAGAGGUUUAUGCACUAGUGCCAUCUCUCAAGGCUAAUAGGUCAGCUACCGAAGGUUCAGUCACUGAGGUUCUUGCUGCCCUCGCAAACAUAAAAGCUGCUAAGUGA